GGUAUAUAUCAAAGAAAUACUUUAUCCUACCAGGCCGAUCUACAACAUUGUUUAAACCUUUUUAAUAGACAGCAGAGGGCGUUGAAGCCCAUAGGUUACCUUACAACACAGCAAUUGGAAUUUUGUUGUAUACCAAAUUGAAGAUUUCAAGCUAUGGAGUCUCAAGAGUUCAAAACCAUCAACCCUAUUUUCUAUCAUUCUAGCCAGCAAAAGCAAAUGUUAUACUUCGUUGAAUCACUGGAGAAAAUCAACUCACCAGAACCACACCUAACAACAAAAGAAGGUGGUGUCAUCCAAAUUACCCCAAAAGCGCUCACUGUAGCUAUCUCAGGAUGCUCCUCGUCAGGAAAAACAACGUUGGCAUUACUACUUUCAGAAAUAUUUUCCUCUUCUCCAACUGAAAAAGAUUCGACAUGCAUCAAAUCUCCACGUAUAUCAGAGGAAAACAACCCAGGAAACGCACAAGCUAGACACCCCUUCACAACCACAAUUCACCAGGACUCUUUCUUCAUUCCAAAAGCUGACUGUCCAUUGGUCCAAUUUAACAGCGCCCCUAGCGACGGACAUUUCAUAAAAGAAAGUCUUGCUCAAAAGAAUGAUAAUCCAGUCUAUUUCUACGCCAGGGAUGACGCAAAUGGGAAAGCAAAUGUACAGAUCACUGGACCAAAUACUGAUUGUAUGGAAGCGAUCAAUUUUGGCAAUCUACUUCGAAAGGUCCAGGCUACGAAAACUAAUAAUGCUGAGCCAGAAAAAGAUGCUCAAUUUAAAGAUGACGCAGACAAGAAGAAACUGCUCGAGCAAUAUUCCGAGAUGAUCGAAAGCAUGCGCAAAAAGGUUAGAGAAUGCUUGGCCUUAGUAACAGUUAAUCAUGCCUUGGGAAAUGGUACUGUUGCAGAUUAUAACCAUGGAUGGGUGUUCGUUGAGGGAUUCCUAUUGUUCAGCAGAGCUUUGCCUUCUGAUGAUGGAAGCUCAUGGCUAGAUGCAUCCUCAAAAGUCGAAGACUGCUGUGCAGGGCGGCCAGAAAAAUUUCGACAAGAAUUCAAAAAAGAUGCUGCGUUGAAGGAGAAUAAAAAUAUGAGAGCAAAGGAAGAGAUAGUUCUGGCAAAUGCAGCUUUGACGCAAGAGUUCGAUAUCAAACUAUUCUUGCCUACUAGCAAGGGGGUCGCUAAAGAGAGGAGACUGAGCAGGCUCCCGUACAUUGACUUUCCAGCUGGUGGAAGAUAUCCUGGACAGAUGUGGAAGUCAGAGGGAUACUUCGAAGGAGUCGUUUGGAAGGGUUAUGAAGAUUCAUUCGAUUGGUUGUUGAAAGAGACCGGAAAAGAGAAUGUCGACGGCGUGUUUGUUAGAACUACCGUCGAUGACACGAUUGAGAAUACUGUUUACUGGGCAGUUGAGAUCAUUCUUCAAUUUUUGAAAGCAGGCAGCGGGGUAGUUUCAAAGGACGAUGCUCGAAGACUCAAGGUCACGGGUGCUCAUCUCGGACAGUAGGGAGUUUUCUGAAGUCUCCUGAUAUAGUGAGGAUCGCCCCUUUGGCAUCUAGGCAGUAAGGGGAGCUGGGUUGGCAUUUGAUAUAAGACAAUUAAGAUUCUUCCGGUGCUAGUGGUAUUUCAUAGAUAUUAAUGAUAAUGAAAAGUCGUAGAAUCGUUGACUCCA